AUGGCAAUUUCUACAGUGAUUGUGGGUGCUUAUGAAGACAUUGACUGUGGAAAUCCAAAAGACAUUGCUGGUGCCACAAACUCCUAUGAAACCACCACCUAUAAAUCUGAAGUGACCUAUACUUGCCCAGAGGGAGAACAACUAAAGUCAGUAUGCGAAAAAAACAACAAAUGGACUCCAGUUGUGGAAACCUGUAACGAUCCUCAGAUCCAUUUUGUGAAAGUAAAAGGUGCAGCUCUGGAUGUGCCAGGGAAAUUAUUGUGGAAGAAAAAAAAUGUAACAGCAAAAGCCUGUGCAGAAAAAUGUUUGUCAGACAAAAAAUGUUUAUCAUUUGAAAUAAAUAAAGAAAAUGGAAAAUGUUUCUUAUCAAAGCAAACUGCAAGUUCCUCCAAGAAAAUAAAGAAAGUCAAGAACAAAGAUUACUACCAACGAGUAAAAUCUGAUGAAGGGCCUGUUAUGUUGAAAAAGGUUAGCGUACCAAGUAAGGCUACUUUAGGACGGCUUAAGGAUAAGACCUUAAAGAAGUGUAAAAAUUCUUGUCAACAAUAUACAGGAUGUAACUCUUAUCAGUACAAUGCUGAAGCUAAGUUGUGUGAUCUGAGUAAUGUGACUCAGUUGAAUGAUGAACUUAAACCCAACGAUGGAAGUUGGGAUAUAUUCUUAACUAACCCAGUUGUUACAAAAGUUAACUGUGGACCUCCAAAGGAUGUUGUUGGUGCAAAGAAGUCCUACACUGACACCACCUAUAAAUCUGAAGUGACCUACACAUGUCCAGGAGGACAACAGUUGAAGUCAAAGUGUAAAGAUGACAAUAAAUGGACUCCAGUUGCAUCCAAUUGUGAAGUUUCUAAGAUCCAUUUUGUGAAAGUAAAAGGUGCAGUUCUGGAUGUACCUGGGAAAACUUUGGCGAGUAAUAAAAGUGUAACAGCAGAUGUUUGUGCAGAAAGAUGUUUGUCUGACAAAAAUUGUUUAUCAUUUGAAAUAACUGAAGAAACUGGAAAAUGUUAUUUAUCAAAGGAAUCUGCAGCUUUUUCCAAGAAAAUAAAAGCAGCCAAAAGCAGAGAUUACUACCAACGAGUAAAUCCCAAUAAAGAUAUUUUAAAAUUUAAAAGAACUUCCAUACCAAGAGAAGAUGCAUUUAAACGGCAGGAAAAUAUGACCUUAAAGGAGUGUGACCAUGCUUGUCAUCAAACUCCAGGAUGUAAUUCUUAUGAGUAUGAUAAGAAAGCUAAGUUCUGUGAUCAAAGUAAUGCAACUCACUUGACUCAUGACCUUCAACCAGAUCAAAAGGAUUGGGAUAUUUACGUCAUUAACCCAGCUUUCGCAAAUAUUAACUGCGGGCUUCCCAAAGAUAUUGUUGGUACAUCAAAGUCCUACAAAACCACUGCAUAUAAAUCUGAAGUACUCUAUACUUGCUCAGAUGGAGUACAACUAAAGUCAAUAUGUCAAAAAGACAACAAAUGGACUCCAGUAACGUCUUCUUGUAAAGAUCCUCAGCUCCAUUUUGUGAAAAUAAAAGAUGCUGCUCUGGAUGUACCUGGGAAAACAUUGUUGGAUAAGGAAGAUGUAACAGCAGAUGAAUGUGCAGAAAAAUGUCUGUCUGAUGAAAGCUGUUUAUCAUUUGAAAUAAAUAAAAAAAAUAGAAAAUGUUACUUAUCAGAGAAAUCUGCAGCUACCUCCAAGAAAUUAAAGGCAGACAAAGACAAAGAUUACUACCAUCGAUUAAAGCUUGAUGACAAGCCUUUCAUGAUGAAAAAAGUUAGCAUACCAAAGAAAACUAAGAUAGAAGAGCUUCAGGAUAUGAAAUUAAAGGAGUGUGACGAAGCUUGCAGUCAAUAUGCAGGAUGUAACUCUUAUCAGUACAAUAAGAAAAAGAAGAUAUGUGAUCUGAGUAAUGUGACUCAGUUGAGUGAUGAACUUAAACCCAACAAUGGAAGCUGGGACAUAUACAUAGUUAACCCAGUUAUCACAAAAAUUAACUGUGGACCACCAAAAGAUGUUGUUGGUGCAUCUAAAUCCUACAAUACUACUACCUAUAAAUCUGAAGUGAUCUAUACUUGUCAAAAAGGAGGAAUAUUAAAAGCAACAUGUAAAGAGAACAGGAAAUGGGCUCCAGUAGUAUCUUGUAAAGUUACUAAGAGCAAAUUUUUGAAAGUAAAAAGUGCAAUGUUGGAUGUACCUGGAAAAACUUUGUGGAGAAAGAAAAAUGUAACAGCAGAAGCCUGUGUAGAAAAAUGUUCAUCUGACACAAAUUGUUUAUCAUUUGAAAUAACUAAAGGAAGUGGAAGAUGUUACUUAUCGAAGGCAACUGCAGCUUCCAACAAGAAAAUAAAAGAAGCCAACAGAGAUUACUACCAACGAGUAGAUCCCGAUGAUGAUGUUUUUACAUUUAAAAGAACUGCCAUACCAGGGCAUGAUUCACCUGAUCGGAUUAAAGGAAUCAGUUUAAAGGAGUGUGAUCGUGCUUGUCUUCAAAUUCCAGGAUGUAAAUCUUAUGAGUAUCAUGAAAAAAAAAAAUUCUGUAAUCCAUCUAAUGAGACUCACCUGACUUAUGACCUUAAACCCAACAAAGAUGGAUGGGAUAUACAUAUCAUGAACCCAGUUUACAGCAAAAUAAAAUGUGGACGACCAAGAGACAUUGCUGGUGUAUUGAUGUCCUACAAUUCCACCACCUAUAGAUCUGAAGUGACCUACACAUGUCCAGACAGAGAAGAACUGAAGUCAAAAUGUGAAAAGGACCGAAAAUGGACUUCAGUAGACUCUGUUUGUGAAGUUUUUAAACACAUUGACUGUGGAAAUCCAAAAGACAUUGCUGGUGCAACAAAGUCCUAUGACACCACCACCUAUAAAUCUGAAGUGACCUAUACUUGCCCAGAGGGAGAAAAACUAAAGUCAACAUGUGAAAAGGACAACAAAUGGACUCCAAUUGUGGAAACCUGUAACGAUCCUCAGAUCCAUUUUGUGAAAGUAAAAGGUGCAGCUCUUGAUGUACCAGGGAAAUUAUUGUGGAAGAAAAAAAAAGUAACAGCAAAAGCCUGUGCAGAAAAAUGUUUGUCAGACAAAAAAUGUUUAUCAUUUGAAAUAAAUACAGAAAAUGGAAAAUGUUUCUUAUCAAAGCAAACUGCAAGUUCCUCCAAGAAAAUAAAGAAAGUCAAGAACAAAGAUUACUACCAACGAGUAAAAUUAGAUGAAGAGCCUGUAAUGCUGAAAAAGGUUAGCAUACCAAGUAACGCUAUUUCAGGACGGCUUAAGGAUAAGACCUUAAAGGAGUGUGAUAAGGCUUGUCAACAAUAUAUAAGAUGUAACACUUAUCAGUACAAUGCUAAAUCUAAGGUGUGUGAUCUGAGUAAUGUGACUCAGUUGAAUGAUGAACUUAAACCCAACGAUGGAGAUUGGGAUAUAUACAUAGUUAACCCAGUUAUUACAAAAAUUAACUGUGGACCUCCAAAAGAUGUUGUUGGUGCAAAGAAGUCCUACACUGACACCACCUAUAAAUCUGAAGUGACCUACACAUGUCCAGGAGGACAACAGUUGAAGUCAAAGUGUAAAGAUGACAAUAAAUGGACUCCAGUUGCAUCCAAUUGUAAAGUUUCUAAGAUCUAUUUUGUGAAAGUAAAAGGUGCAAUUCUGGAUAUACCUGGAAAAACUUUGGGGAGUAAGAAAAAUGUAACAGCAGAUGUCUGUGCAGAAAAAUGUUUGUCUGACAAAAAUUGUUUAUCAUUUGAAAUAAAGGGAGAAAGUGGAAAAUGCUAUUUAUCACAGGAAACUGCAGCUUCCUCCAAGAAAAUAAAAGCAGCCAAAACCAAAGAUUACUACCAACGAGUAAAUGCUGAUGACGAUAUUUUAAAAUUUAAAAGCACUAUCAUACCAGGAGAAGAUAUAUUUAAACGGCUGAAAAAUGUGACCUUAAAGGAGUGUGACCAUGCUUGUCAUCAAACUCCAGGAUGUAACUCUUAUGAGUAUAAGGAACGAGUUAUGUUCUGUGAUCGAAGUAAUGUGACUCACUUGACUCGUGACCUUGAACAUAACGAAGAUGGUUGGGAUACUUACGUCAUUAACCCAGCUUAUGCAAAUAUUAAAUGUGGACCUCCCAAAGAUAUUGUUGGUACAUUAAAGUCCUACAAAACCACUGCCUAUAAUUCUGAAGUACUCUAUACUUGCCCAGAUGGAAUACAACUAAGGUCAAUAUGUCAAAAGCACAACAAAUGGACUCCAGUAGCAUCUUCCUGUAAAGAUCCUCUGGUCCAGUUUGUGAAAAUAAAAGAUUCAGCUCUGGAUGUACCUGAGAAAACCUUGUUGGAUAAGAAAGAUGUAACAGCAGAUGAAUGUGCAGAAAAAUGUUUGUCUGGCAAAAGUUGUUUAUCAUUUGAAAUAAAUAAAGAAAAUGGAAAAUGUUACUUAUCAAAGAAAUCUGCAGCUACCGCCAAGAAAUUAAAGGCAGACAAAGACAAAGAUUACUACCAACGAUUAAAGUUUGAUGACAAGCCUCUUGUGAUGAAAAAAGUUAGCGUACCAAGAAAUGCUACUGUAGAAGAGCUUGAGGAUGUGAACUUAAAGGAGUGUAGUGAAGCUUGCAAUCAAUAUCUAAGAUGUAACUCUUAUCAGUACAAUGAGCAUGAUAAGAUAUGUGAUCUGAGUAAUGUGACUCAGUUGAGUGAUGAACUUAAACCCAACAAUGGAAGCUGGGACAUAUACAUAGUUAACCCAGUUGUCACAAAAAUUAACUGUGGAGCACCAAAAGAUGUUGCUGGUGCAUCUAAAUCCUAUAGUACUACUACCUAUAAAUCUGAAGUGAUCUAUACUUGUCAAGAUGGAGAAGAAUUAAAGGCAACAUGUAAAGAAAACAAGAAAUGGGCUCCAGAAGUGUCUUGUAAAGCUACUAAGAUCAAUUUUGUAAAAGUAAAAGGUGCAAUUCUGGAUGUACCUGGAAAAACUUUGUGGAAUAAGAAAAAUGUAUCAGCAGAAGCCUGUGCAGAAAAAUGUAUUUCUGACAAUACUUGUUUAUCAUUUGAAAUAACGAAGAAAAGUCAAAAAUGUUAUUUAUCAAAGGAGACUGCAGCUUCUAUCAAGAAAAUGAAAACAGCCAAAGACAGAGAUUACUACCAACAAGUAAAACCCGAUGAUGAUGUUUUUACAUUUAAAAGAACUGCCAUACCAGGGCAUGAUUCACCUGAUCGGAUUAAAGGAAUCAGUUUAAAGGAGUGUGAUCGUGCUUGUCUUCAAAUUCCAGGAUGUAAAUCUUAUGAGUAUCAUGAACAAAAAAAAUUCUGUAAUCCAUCUAAUGAGACUCACCUGACUUAUGACCUUAAACCCAACAAAGAUGGAUGGGAUAUACAUAUCAUGAACCCAGCUUACAACAAAAUAAACUGUGGACCACCAAGAGACAUUGCUGGUGCAUCAAAGUCCUACAAUACCACCAAAUAUAGAUCUGAAGUGAUUUACACAUGUCCACGAGAAGAAAAGCUAGUAUCAAAAUGUGAAAAAGACAAAAAAUGGACUGUAGUAGAUUCUGGUUGUGAAGUUUAUGCAAACAUUGACUGUGGAAAUCCAAAAGACAUUGCUGGUGCAGCAAUGUCCUAUGACACCACUACCUAUAAAUCUGAAGUGACCUAUACUUGCCCAGAGGGAGAAAAACUAAAGUCAACAUGUGAAAAGGACAACAAAUGGACUCUAAUUGUGGAAACCUGUAAUGAUCCUCAGAUCCAUUUUGUGAAAGUAAAAGGUGCAGCUCUUGAUGUAGCUGGCAAAAUAUUUUGGAAUAAGGAAAAUGUAACAGCAAAAGCCUGUGCAGAAAAGUGUUUGUCUGUCCCAAAUUGUUUAUCAUUUGAAUUAAGUAACGAAAAUGGGCAAUGUUUCUUAUUAAGGCAAGCUGCAAGUUCCUCCGAGAAAAUAAAAACAGUCUCAAGCAAAGAUUACUACCAACGAGUAAAACACGAUGAAGGGCCUAUUAUGCUGCAAAAGGUUGGUAUACCAAGCAAGGCUAUUUUAGGUCGGCUUAAGGAUAAGACCUUAAAGGAGUGUAAAAAGGCUUGUGAACAAUAUACAGAAUGUAACGCUUAUCAGUACAAUGAUGAAUCUAAGUUGUGUGAUCUGAGUAAUGUGACUCAGUUGAAUGAUGAACUUAAACCCAACGAUGGAAGUUGGGAUAUAUUCUUAACUAACCCAGUUGUUACAAAAGUUAACUGUGGACCUCCAAAGGAUGUUGGUGGUGCAAAGAAGUCCUACACUGACACCACCUAUAAAUCUGAAGUGACCUACACAUGUCCAGGAGGACAACAGUUGAAGUCAAAGUGUAAAGAUGACAAUAAAUGGACUCCAGUUGCAUCCAAUUGUAAAGUUUCUAAGAUCUAUUUUGUAAAAGUAAAAGGUGCAGUUCUUGAUGUUCCUGGAAAAACAUUAUUGGAAAAUAAAAGUAUAACAGCAGAUGUCUGUGCAGAAAAAUGUUUGUCUGACACAAAUUGUUUAUCAUUUGAAAUAAAGAAAGAAAGUGGAAAAUGUUAUUUAUCGAAAGUAACUGCAGCAUCCACCAAGAAAAUGAAAGCAGCCAAAAGCAGAGAUUACUACCAACGAGUAGAACCUGAUGAUGAUAUUUUAAAAUUUAAAAGCACUUCCAUACUAGGAAAAGAUACAUUUAAACGGCAGGAAAAUGUGACCUUAAAGGAGUGUGACCAUGCUUGUCAUCAAACUCCAGGAUGUAACUCUUAUGAGUAUAAGGAAAAAGCUAAGCUCUGUGAUCCAAGUAAUGCGACUCACUUGACUCAUGACCUUGAACCCAACAAAAAGGGUUGGGAUACUUAUGUCAUUAAUCCAGCUUAUGCAAAUGUUAACUGUGGGCCUCCCAAAGAUAUUGUUAAUACAUCAAAGUCCUACAAAACCACUGCCUAUAAAUCUGAAGUACUCUAUACUUGUUCAAAUGGAGUACAACUAAAGUCAAUAUGCCAAAAGGACAACAAAUGGACACCAGUAGGGUCUUCCUGUAAAGAUCCUCAGAUCAAUUUUGUGAAAAUAAAAGAUACAGCUCUGGAUGUACCUGGGAAAACAUCGUUGGAUAAGGAAGAUGUAACAGCAGAUGAAUGUGCAGAAGAAUGUUUGUCUGAUGAAAGCUGUUUAUCAUUUGAAAUAAAUAAAGAAAAUGGAAAAUGUUACUUAUCAGAGAAAUCUGCUGCUACUUCCAAGAAAUUAAAGGGAGACAAAGACACAGAUUACUACCAACGAGUAACACCUGAUGACAAGCCUUUCAUGAUAAGGAAAGUUAGCGUAUCAAAGAAGACUAAGAUAGGACGUCUUCAGGAUGUGAAAUUAAAGGAUUGUAACAAAGUUUGCAAUCACUAUGCAGGAUGUAACUCUUAUCAGUACAAUGAGCAAGAGAAGAUGUGUGAUCUGAGUAAUGUGACUCAGAUGAGUAAUGAACUUAAACCCAACAAUGGAAGCUGGGACAUAUACAUAAUUAACCCAGUUGUCACAAAAAUUAACUGUGGACCACCAAAAGAUGUUGUUGGUGCAUCUAAAUCCUAUGAUACUACUACCUAUGAAUCUGAAGUGAUCUAUACUUGUCAUGAUGGAAAAGAAUUAAAGGCAACAUGUAAAGAAGACAAGAAAUGGGCUCCAGAGGUGUCUUGUAAAGUUACUAAGGUCAAUUUUGUGAGAGUAAAAGAUGCAAUUCUGGAUGUACCUGGAAAAACUUUGUUGAGAAAAAAAAAUGUGUCAACAGAAUUCUGUGCAGAAAAAUGUUUGUCUGACAAAACUUGUUUAUCUUUUGAAAUAACUAAAGCAAGUGGAAAAUGUUAUUUAUCAAAGGAAACUGCAGCUACUUCCAAGAAAAUAAAAUCAGCCAAAGACAGAGAUUACUACCAACAAGUAGAUUCCGAUGAUGAUCUUUUAACAUUAAAAAAAAUUGCCAUACCAGGGCAUGAUUCACCUGAUCGGAUUAAAGGAAUCAGUUUAAAGGAGUGUGAUCGUGCUUGUCUUCAAAUUCCAGGAUGUAAAUCUUAUGAGUAUCAUGAACAAAAUAAAUCCUGUAUUCCAUCUAAUGAGACUCACCUGACUUAUGACCUUAAACCCAACAAAGAUGGAUGGGAUAUACAUAUCAUGAACCCAGCUAAUGACAAAAUAAACUGUGGACCACCAAGAGAUAUUGCUGGUGCAUCAAAGUCCUGUGCUUCCAGCAACUACAGAGAUGAAGUGAUCUACACGUGUCCACUGGGAGAAAAACUAAGAUCAAAAUGUGAAAAGGACAACAAAUGGACUUCGGUAGAUUCUACCUGUAAAACUUAUAAAGACAUUGACUGUGGAAAUCCAAAAGACAUUGCUGGUGCAGAAAAGUCCUACGAUGCCACCACCUAUAAAUCUGAAGUGACCUAUACUUGCCCAAAGGGAGAAAAACUAAAGUCAAUAUGUGAAAAGGACAACAAAUGGUCUCCAAUUGUGGAAACCUGUAAUGAUGCUCAGAUCCAUUUUGUGAAAGUAAAAAGUGCAGCUCUGAGUGUAUCUGGGAAAAUAUUGUGGAAGACAAAAAAUAUAACAGCAGAUGAUUGUGCAGAAAAAUGUUUGUCUACCAAAAUAUGUUUAUCAUUUGAAAUAAAUACAGAAAUGGGAAAGUGUUCCUUAUCAAAGCAAACUGCAGCUUCCUCCAAGAAAAUAAAGUCAACCAAGAGCAGAGAUUACUACCAACGAGUAAACUUCGAUGAAGGGCUUAUUACGAUGAAAAAGGUUGGCAUACCAAGCAAAGCUAUUUUAGUAGAGCUUAAGAAUAGGACCUUAAAGGAGUGUGAAAAGGCUUGUCAUCAAUAUAUAGAAUGUAACUCUUAUCAGUACAAUGAGCAAGAUAAGUUAUGUGAUCUGAGUAACAUGACUCAGUUGAGUGAUAAACUUAAGCCCAACGAUGGAAAUUGGGAUAUAUACUUACCUAACCCAGUUGUUACAAAAGUUAACUGUGGACCUCCAAAGGAUGUUGGUGGUGCAAAGAAGUCCUACACUGACACCACCUAUAAAUCUGAAGUGACCUACACAUGUCCAGGAGGACAACAGUUGAAGUCAAAGUGUAAAGAUGACAAUAAAUGGACUCCAGUUGCAUCCAAUUGUAAAGUUUCUAAGAUUAAUUUUGUGAAAGUAGAUAGUGCACUUCUUGAUGUACCUGGAAAAAUAUUAUGGAAUAAGAAAAAUGUAACUGCAGACACUUGUGCAGAAAAAUGUUUGUCUGAUGAAAAUUGUUUAUCAUUUGAAAUAACAAAAACAAGUAGAAAAUGUUACUUAUCAAAGGACACUGCAGCUUCCACCAAGAAAAUAAAAGCAGCCAAAAGCAGAGAUUACUACCAACGAGUAAAUCCUGAAGAUGUUCAUUUUACACUUAAAAAAACUGCCAUACCACAGCAUGAUACAUUUGAACAGAUAAAAGAUUUGAGUUUAAAGCAGUGCAGUCGUGCUUGUCAUCAAACCCCAGGAUGUACCUCUUAUGAGUAUAAUGAAAAAGAAAAAUUCUGUGAUCGAAGCAAUGUAACUCACUUGACUCAUGACCUUAAACCCAACAAAUGGGGAUGGGAUAUUCAUAUCAUUAACCCAGAUCACAGCAUAAUUAACUGUGGGCUUCCUAAAGACAUUGUUGGUGCUAAGAAGUUCUACAGAACCGACUACUAUAAAUCUGAAGUGUCUUAUAUUUGUUCAAAUCAAGAAGUAAUAAAGUCAACAUGUGAAAAGAACAGCAAAUGGACUCCAGUCCCAUCUACUUGUAAAGAUUCUGAAACCCAUUUUGUGAAAGUAAAAGAUGCACUUCUAGAUGUACCCAGGAAAAUAUUGAUGGGCGAGAAAAGUGUAACAGCAGAUGCCUGUGCAAAACAAUGUUUGUCUGAUGAAAAUUGUUUAUCAUUUGAAAUAAAUAAAGAUAGAAAAUGUUACCUAUCAAAGCAAACUGCAGCUACAUCUAAGAAAAUAAAAACUAGCAAAAACAGAGAUUACUACCAACGAAUACAAUCUGAUGACCAGCCUCUUGUAUUGAGAAACGUUAGCUUCCCAGAGCAGGUCACUUUAAAACAGCUUAAGGAUAAAAUCUUAAAGGAGUGUAAGGAAUCCUGCCAUCAAUAUCCAGGAUGUAAUUCUUUUCAGUACAAUAAGAAAGACAAGUUAUGUGAUCUGAGUAAUGUGACUCACAUGACUGGUGUACUUAAACCCAACACAGGAAAUUGGGAUGUAUACAUUAUUAAUCCAGUUCAUGCAAAAGUUACCUGUGGACGACCAAAAAAUGUUGCUGGUGCAUCUAAAUCCUAUGAUACUACUACCUAUAAAUCUGAAGUGAACUAUACUUGUCAAGAUGGAGAAAAAUUAAAGGCAGUGUGCCAAAAGGACAAGAAAUGGACUCCAGAAGUGUCUUGUAAAGUUACUCAGAAAUAUUUUGUGAAAGCAAGAAAUGGAACUUUGGAUGUACCUGAGAAAUUGUUGUGGGAUAAGAAAAAUGUUACAGUAGAAGACUGUGCAGCAAAAUGCUUUUCUCAAAACAAUUGCUUAUCAUUUGAAAUAUAUAAAGAAAAUAAAUGUUACUUAUCAAAGAAGACUGCAGCUACUUCCAAGAAAAUAAAAUCAGCCAAAGACAAAGAUUACUACCAACGAGUAAAACCCGAUGAUGAUGUUUUUACACUUAAAAGAACUACCAUACCAUUUCACGAUACAUUUGGUCAACUUGAAGGAAUCAGUUUAAAGGAAUGUGAUCAUGCUUGCCUUCAAAUUCCAGGAUGUAAAUCUUAUGAGUAUCAUGAAAAAAAAGAAUUCUGUAAACCAUCUAACGAGACUCACCUGACUUAUGACCUUAAACCCAACAAAGAUGGAUGGGACAUACAUAUCAUGAACCCAGCUGUCUCAAAUAUUAGCUGUGAACCUCCAAAAGAUAUUGCUCACACAUCGAAGUCCUACAAUUCCACCAUCUAUAGAUCUGAGGUGACCUAUACUUGUCCAGGGGGAGAAAAGUUCAAGUCAACUUGUGGAAAGGACAAAAAAUGGACUCCAAUGAUAUCUCUUUGUAAAGAUUUUAAGAAUCAAUUUGUGAAAGUAAACCAUUCAUCUCUUAAUGUACCGGAGAAAAUAUUGUGGAAAAAGAAAAAGGUUACAGCAGAAGCCUGUGCAAAAAAAUGUUUCUCUGAUAAAAAGUGUUUAUCAUUUGAAAUAAACAAAAGAAUUGGAAAAUGCUUCUUAUCAAAGAAAACUGCAGCUACCUCCAACAAUUUAAAGACAGACAAAAACAGAGAUUACUACCAACGAAUAAAAUCCAAAGAUAAGAAAAUUAAGCUUCAUAAAGUUAGCAUAUCUGAGCAAGAUAUUUUAGGACAGCUUCAGAAUGUGAACUUAAAGAAGUGUAAUGAAGCUUGCCAUCAACAUCCAGAAUGUAAUUCAUAUCAGUACAAUGAGAAAGAAAUGAUCUGUGAUUUGAGUAAUGGGACUCAUUUGACUGAUAAACUUAAACUCAAUGAUGGAAAUGGGGAUACUUACAUCUUUGAUAAAGUUGCUAAGAAAUAUUUUGUGAAAGUAAAAAAUGGAACACUGGAUGUACCUGAGAAAUUGUUGUGGCAUAGGAAAAAUAUAACAGCAGAAGACUGUGCCAAAAAAUGCUUUUCUGAAAAAAAUUGUUUAUCGUUUGAAAUAAAUAAAGAAAAUAGAAAAUGUUACUUAUCAAAGGAAACUGCAGCUGCCUCCAAGAAAAUAAAAUCAGCCAAAGACAGAGAUUACUACCAACGAGUAAAACCCGAUGAUGAUGUCUUUACAUUAAAAAGAACUGCCAUACCAGGGCAUGAUUCACCUGAUCGGAUUAAAGAAAUCAGUUUAAAGGAGUGUGAUCGUGCUUGUCUUCAAAUUCCAGGAUGUAAAUCUUAUGAGUACCAUGAAAAAUAUAGUUACUGUGAUCCAAGUAAUAAGACUCACCUGACUCAUGACCUUAAACCCAACGAAGAUGGAUGGGAUAUACACCUCAUGAACCCAGUUUACUCAAAUAUUAACUGUGGACCUCCAAAAGAUAUUGCUCGUGGAUCGACUUUCUUCAAUUCCACCAUUUAUAGAUCUGAGGUGACCUAUAGAUGCCAAAAUGGAGAAAAACUAAAGUCAGUGUGUACAAAGGACAAUAAGUGGACUUCAAUAACAUCUAUUUGUAAAGAUGUUAAGAGCGAAUUUGUGAAAGUAAAUGAUGCAUUUCUUGAUGUACCUGAGAAAAAACUGUGGAAGAAGAAAAAUGUAACAACAGAUGAAUGUGCUGAAAAAUGUUUGUCCAAUGAAAAUUGUUUAUCAUUUGAAAUAACCAAAGGAAGUGGAAAAUGCUUCUUAUCAGAGAAAACUGCAGAUCACACCAAGAAAAUAAAAGCUGACAAAAGCAAAGAUUACUACCAACGGAUAAAAUCUGAUGAUACAAAAAUUAAGCUUCAUAAAGUUAGCAUACCUGAGCAGGAUGUUUUAAGACAACUUAAGAAUGUGAACUUAGAGAAGUGUAAUGAAGCUUGCCUUCAACAUUCAGAAUGUAAUUCAUAUGAGUACAAUAAGAAAGAAAAGGUCUGUGAUUUGAGUAAUGUGACUCAUUUGACUGAUAAACUUAAACCCAGUGAUGGAAAUAGGGAUGUUUACAUCAUUGAUCCAGUUUACUCCAAAAUUAACUGUGAACCACCAAAAGACAUUGUUGGUGCUAACAAGUCCUACAAUACCACCACUUAUGAAGCUGAAGUGACCUACACUUGUCCAGAAGGAGAUGAAUUAAAAUCAGUCUGUAAAAAGGAUAGUAAAUGGUCUCCAGUAAAUUCUACAUGUAAAGUUUAUGCAAAAAUUAACUGUGGCGCUCCAAAGGAAGUUACUGGUGCAUCAAAGUCCUACAAAACCACCACCUAUAAAUCUGAAGUGACCUAUACUUGUCCAGAGGGAGAACAACUAAAGUCAGUAUGUGAAAAAAACAAUGAAUGGACUCCAGUGGCAGAAGCCUGUAAAGUUUCUCAGAUCAAUUUUGUGAAAGUAAAAGAUGCAGCUCUGGAUGUAUCUGGGAAAACAUUGUUAAAGGAGAAAAAUGUAACAGCAGAUGCUUGUGCAGAAGCGUGUUUGACUGAUGAAAAAUGUUUAUCAUUUGAAAUAAACAAAGAUGAUGGAAAAUGUUUCUUAUCAAGGCAAUCAGCAGCUUCCACCAAGAAAAUGAAAACAGUCAAAAGCAGAGAUUACUACCAACGAGUAAAAGCUAACAAACCUGUUAUGUUUAAAAAAGUUAGCGUGCCGAGCAAAGCUACUUUAGGACAGCUUAAGGAUAAGACCUUAAAGGAGUGUGAAAAUUCUUGUCAACAAUAUAUAGAAUGUAAUUCAUACCAGUACAAUGCUGAAGCUAAGUUGUGUGAUCUGAGUAAGGUGACUCAGUUGAAUGAUGUGUUCAGAUUUUACCAAAAAGUUAACUGUGGACCUCCAAAAGACGUUAUUGGUGCCAAGAAGUCCUACAAUACCACCACUUUUAAAUCUGAAGUGACCUAUACUUGUCCAGAAGGAGAAAAAUUAAAAUCAGUAUGUAAAGAGGAUCAUAAAUGGUCUCCUGUAGUGUCUGCUUGUAAAGCUGCUCAGAUCCAUUUUGUGAAAGUGAAAGAUGCAGUUCUGGAUGUAUCUGGGAAACCAUUGUUGCACAAGAAAAAUGUUACAGCAGAUGCUUGUGCUAAAGAGUGUUUGUCUGACAAAACUUGUUUGUCAUUUGAAAUAAGUAAAGAAAACGGAGAUUGUUACUUAUCAAGGCAAACUGCAACAACCUCCAAGAAAAUGCAAUCAACUAAUACCAGUGAUUAUUACCAACGAAUAGAACCAAAAGAUGAUCUUUUGAUACUUAAAAGCACUUCCAUACCAGGGCAUGAUACAUUUGAGCGGCUGGAAAAUGUGAGCUUAAAGGAGUGUAAUCAUGCUUGUCAUCAAAAUCCAGGAUGUAACUCUUAUGAGUAUAAUAAAAAAGAUAUGCUCUGUGAUCAAAGUAAUGCAACUCACUUGACUCAGGACCUUCUGCCCAAUGCAUGGGCAUGGGAUACUUACAUCAUUAACCCAGUUAACUCAGAAAUCAAAUGUGGACCACCAAAAGACAUUGUCGGUGCUGAGAAGGACUACAAAUCUACCAACUAUAAAUCUGAAGUGACCUAUACUUGCCCAGACGAAGAGUUACAAUUCAAUGCCAAAAACAGGCAUCAUGAAGAUUUGUCCACAGUUGUUCACAAAUUUUACUCCAAAAUUGACUGUGGACCACCAAAAGACAUUGUUGGUGCUAACAAGUCCUACAAUACCACCACUUAUGAAACUGAAGUGUCCUACACUUGUCCAGAAGGAGAACACUUAAAGUCAAUAUGUAAAAAGGAUAAUAAAUGGUCUCCAGUAAAUUCUACAUGUAAAGUUUAUGCAAAAAUUAACUGUGGCGCUCCAAAGGAAGUUACUGGUGCAUCAAAGUCCUACAAAACCACCACCUAUAAAUCUGAAGUGACCUAUACUUGUCCAGAGGGAGAACAACUAAAGUCAGUAUGUGAAAAAAACAAUGAAUGGACUCCAGUGGCAGAAGCCUGUAAAGUUGCUCAAAUCAAUUUUGUGAAAGUAAAAGAUGCAGCUCUAGAUGUAUCUGGGAAAACAUUGUGGAAGAAGAAAAAUGUAACAGAAGAUGAUUGUGCAACAAAGUGUUUGACUGACAAAAAUUGCUUAUCAUUUGAAAUAAAGAAAGAAGAUGGAAAAUGUUUCUUAUCAAAGCAAACAGCAGCUUCCACCAAGAAAAUGAAAACAACCAAAAGCAGAGAUUACUACCAACGAGUAAAAGCUAACAAACCUUUUAUGUUUAAAAAAGUUAGCAUACCAAAGAAGGAUUCUGUAGGACAAAUUAAGAAUAAGACCUUAAAGGAGUGUGAUAAGGCUUGUCAACAAUAUGUAGGAUGUAACUCUUAUCAGUACAAUGAGAAAGAUAAGUUAUGUGAUCUGAAUAAUGCAAGUCAGUCAUCUGAUUUACUUAAACCCAACAAUGGAAAUUGGGAUAUAUAUAUGGUUAACCCAGCUUACAAUAAAGUUGACUGUGGACCACCAAAAGAUGUUGCUGGUGCCAAGAAGUCCUACAAAACCACCACCUUUAAAUCUGAAGUGACCUAUACUUGUCCAGAAGGAGAAAAAUUAAAAUCAGUAUGUAAAGAGGACUAUAAAUGGUCUCCUGUAGCAAAUGCUUGUAAAGCUGCUCAGAUCCAUUUUGUGAAAGUGAAAGAUGCAGUUCUGGAUGUAUCUGGGAAAACAUUGUUUCACAAGAAAAAUAUAACAGCCGAUGCUUGUGCUAAAGAGUGUUUGUCUGACGAAACUUGUUUAUCAUUUGAAAUAAAGAAAGAAAAUAGAGAAUGUUACUUAUCAAAGAAAACUGCAACUAAAUCCAAGAAAAUGAAAUCAACCCAAAGCAAUGAUUAUUACCAGCGAAUACAACCCAAAGAUGAUCUUUUGAUAAUUAAAGGCACUGCCAUACCAGGGCAUGAUACAUUUGAGCGGCUGGAAGAUGUGAGCUUAAAGGAGUGUGGUCAUGCUUGUCAUCAAAAUCCAGGGUGUAACUCUUAUGAGUAUAAUAAAAAAGAUAUGCUCUGUGAUCAAAGUAAUGCGACUCACUUGACUCAGGACCUUCUGCCCAACAAAUGGGCAUGGGAUACUUACAUCAUUAACCCAGUUAACUCAAAAAUCAAAUGUGGACCACCAAAAGACAUUGUCGGUGCUGAGAAGGACUACAAAUCUACUGACUAUAAAUCUGAAGUGACCUAUACUUGCCCAGCGGAUGAAACGAUAAAGUCUACAUGUGAAAAGAACAACAAAUGGUCUCCCAUACCACUUAUUUGUAACGAUACUAAGAAACAAUUUGUGAAAGUAAAAGAUGCCGUUCUUGAUGUGAUGGGGAAAAAAUUGUUGAAAAAUAAGAACGUAACAACAGAAGCCUGUGUAGUAAAAUGUUUGUCUGAUGAAAAUUGUUUAUCAUUUGAAAUAACAAAAAGUGGAAAAUGUUACUUAUCAAAGAAAACUGCAGCUACCUCCAAGAAAUUAAAGGCAGCCAAAGACAGAGAUUACUACCAACGAAUAAAACCUGAUGAUACAAAAAUUAUGCUUCCUAAAGUUAGCAUACCUGAGCAGGAUGUUUUAAGACAACUUAAGAAUGUGAACUUAGAGAAGUGUAAUGAAGCUUGCCUUCAACAUUCAGAAUGUAAUUCAUAUGAGUACAGUGAGAAAGAAAAGGCCUGUAAUUUGAGUGAAGUGACUCAUUUGACUGAUAAACUUAAACCCAAUGAUGGAAAUAAGGAUACUUACAUCAUUGAUCCAGAUUACACCAAAAUUAACUGUGGACCACCAAAAGACAUUCUUGGUGCUGAGAAGUCCUACAAUACCACCACCUAUAAAUCUGAAGUGAUCUACAUUUGUCCAGGAGAUGAACUAAAAUCAGUCUGUAAAAAGGAUAAUAAAUGGUCUCCAGUAAAUUCUACAUGUAAAGUUUAUGCAAAAAUUAACUGUGGAACUCCAAAGGAAGUUGCUGGUGCAUCAAAGUCCUACAAAACCACCACCUAUAAAUCUGAAGUGACCUAUACUUGUCCAAAGGCAGAACAACUAAAGUCAGUAUGUGAAAAAAACAAUAAGUGGAGUCCAGUGGCAGAAGCCUGUGAAGUUUCUCAGAUCAAUUUUGUGAAAGUAAAAGAUGCAGCUCUGGAUGUAUCUGGGAAAACAUUAUGGAAAGAGAAAAAUGUAACAGCAGAUGCUUGUGCAGAAGCGUGUUUGACUGAUGAAGAAUGUUUAUCAUUUGAAAUAAAGAAAGAUGAUGGGAAAUGUUUCUUAUCAAAACAAACUGCAGCUUCCUCCAAGAAAAUGAAAACAGCCAAAAGCAGAGAUUACUACCAGCGAGUAAAAGCUAACAAACCUGUUAUGUUUAAAAAAGUUAGCAUGCCGAGCAAAGCUACUUUAGGACAGCUUAAGGAUAAGACCUUAAAGGAGUGUGAAAAUUCUUGUCAACAAUAUGUAGGAUGUAAUUCAUACCAGUACAAUGCUGAAGCUAAGUUGUGUGAUCUGAGUAAGGUGACUCAGUUGAAUGAUGUACUUAAACCCAAUGAUGGAAAUUGGGAUAUAUAUUUGAUUAACCCAGUUUACAAAAAAGUUAACUGUGGACCGCCAAAAGACGUUAUUGGUGCCAAGAAGUCCUACAAUACCACUACUUUUAAAUCUGAAGUGACCUAUACUUGUCCAGAAGGAGAAAAAUUAAAAUCAGUAUGUAAAGAGGAUCAUAAAUGGUCUCCUGUAGUGUCUGCUUGUAAAGCUGCUCAGAUCCAUUUUGUGAAAGUGAAAGAUGCAGUUCUGGAUGUAUCUGGGAAACCAUUGUUGCACAAGAAAAAUGUUACAGCAGAUGCUUGUGCUAAAGAGUGUUUGUCUGACAAAACUUGUUUGUCAUUUGAAAUAAGUAAAGAAAACGGAGAUUGUUACUUAUCAAAGCAAACUGCAACUAAAUCCAAGAAAAUGAAAUCAAGCAAAAGCAGAGAUUACUACCAACGAAUAAAAUCCAAAGAUGAUGUUUUGAUACUUAAAAGCACUUCCAUACCAGGGCAUGAUACAUUUGAGCGGCUGGAAAAUGUGAGCUUAAAGGAGUGUGGUCAUGCUUGUCAUCAAAAUCCAGGAUGUAACUCUUAUGAGUAUAAUAAAAAAAAUAUGCUCUGUGAUCAAAGUAAUGCAACUCACUUGACUCAGGACCUUCUGCCCAACACCUGGGCAUGGGAUACUUACAUCAUUAACCCAGUUAACUCAGAAAUCAAAUGUGGACCACCAAAAGACAUUGUUGGUGCUGAGAAGGACUACAAAUCUACCAACUAUAAAUCUGAAGUGACCUAUACUUGUCCAGACGAAGAGUCGUUUAAGUCCAUAUGUGAAAAGAACAGCAAAUGGACUCCAGUAGCACCUACUUGUAAUGUUUACUCCAAAAUUAACUGUGGACCACCAAAAGACAUUGUUGGUGCUAAGAAGUCCUACAAAACCACCACCUAUAAAUCUGAAGUGACUUACACUUGUCCGGAAGAAGGCAAAAUAAAAUCAGUAUGUAAAAAGGAUAGUAAAUGGUCUCCAGUAAAUUCUACAUGUAAAGUUUAUGCAAAAAUUAACUGUGGCGCUCCAAAGGAAGUUACUGGUGCAUCAAAGUCCUACAAAACCACCACCUAUAAAUCUGAAGUGACCUAUACUUGUCCAAAGGCAGAACAACUAAAGUCAGUAUGUGAAAAAAACAAUAAGUGGAGUCCUGUGGCAGAAGCCUGUGAAGUUCGUCAGAUCAAUUUCGUGAAAGUAAAAGAUGCAGUUCUGGAUGUAUCUGGGAAAAUAUUGUGGAGGAAGGAGGAUGUAACAGCAGAUGCUUGUGCAGAAAGGUGUUUGUCUAACAAAAAUUGUUUAUCAUUUGAAAUAAGUAAAGAAGAUGGAAAUUGCUACUUAUCAAAACAAACUGCAGCUUCCACCAAGAAAAUGAAAACAACCAAAAGCAGAGAUUACUACCAACGAGUAAAAGCUAACAAACCUGUUAUGUUUAAAAAAGUUAGCAUGCCGAGCAAAGCUACUUUAGGACAGCUUAAGGAUAAGACCUUAAAGGAGUGUGAAAAUUCUUGUCAACAAUAUAUAGAAUGUAAUUCAUACCAGUACAAUGCUGAAGCUAAGUUGUGUGAUCUUAGUAAUGUAACUCAAUUGAAUGAUGUACUUAAACCCAAUGAUGGAAAUUGGGAUAUAUAUUUGAUUAACCCAGCUUACACAAAAGUUGACUGUGGACCACCAAAACGUGUUGUUGGUGCCAAGAAGUCCUACAAAACUACCACCUUCAAAUCUAAAGUGACCUAUACUUGUCCAAAAGGAGAAAAAUUUAAAUCAGUAUGUAAAGAGGAUCGUAAAUGGUCUCCUGUAGUGUCUGCUUGUAAAGCUACUAAAAUCCAUUUUGUGAAAGUGAAAGAUGCAGUUCUGGAUGUAUCUGGGAAAACAUUGUUUCACAAGAAAAAUGUAACAGCCGAUGCUUGUGCUAAAGAGUGUUUGUCUGACGAAACUUGUUUGUCAUUUGAAAUAAAGAAGGAAAGUGGAGGAUGUUACUUAUCAACACAAACUGCCACUUCCUCCAAGAAAAUGAAAUCAAGCAACAGCAGAGAUUACUACCAACGAAUAAAAUCCAAAGAUGAUCUUUUGAUAAUUAAAAGCACUGCCAUACCAGGGCAUGAUACAUUUGAGCGGCUGGAAAAUGUGAGCUUAAAGGAGUGUGGUCAUGCUUGUCAUCAAAAUCCAGGAUGUAACUCUUAUGAGUAUAAUAAAAAAGAUAUGCUCUGUGAUCAAAGUAAUGCAACUCACUUGACUCAGGACCUUCUGCCCAAUGCAUGGGCAUGGGAUACUUACAUCAUUAACCCAGUUAACUCAGAAAUCAAAUGUGGACCACCAAAAGACAUUGUUGGUGCUGAGAAGGACUACAAAUCUACCAACUAUAAAUCUGAAGUGACCUAUACUUGCCCAGACGAAGAGGCAAUAAAGUCCACAUGUGAAAAGAACAACAAAUGGACUCCAGUACCACCUAUUUGUAACGGUAACAUAAAUAGCUUCUCUCUUGUUAUCUUUGUCAAUGUAAUUUUGUUUUAUUUUUGCAUUAGAUGAUGUGUUUGUCAGAGGAGGACCAGCUAACCCUAUGACAAUUUCCACAGUUAUUGUAACUGGUGGAAGCUAUCCUCAGAGAGGAAUAUAUCCUCAGACCAGAGACCUCCCCCCAAAUACUUGUAACAGAGUGCAUUCCAUUAAUUCUACC